AUCAAUGGCGUGUCACGUGAUUCCCUCAGCUUUCAGCUUGCCGGCAUAUUGAAUCCUGGCAGCCCCGACCCUUCCCGUUUGCCUCUCGUCCAAUCCAUGCCGGAUGCUGAGAGGAGCGCUGGCUGCCCUGGCUCUGGGCUUAGUGACCACCUGGGUCUGGAGCCGCUGGUUCGAUCCCCGAUUGUGGCUGUGGCAGACACAUUACCCGGAGUGGGUGCUAAACGCCGCCGAAUUGAGCCGCUACACGGGUGGCGUUGGUAGCCCGGGGCUUUACUUGGCUGUGCUGGGAAAGGUCUUCGAUGUGCAGCGCGGACACAAGCACUAUGGACCAGGGGGAGCCUACAGUUUCUUCGCCGGGAAAGAUGCCUCUCGAGCUUUUGCAACAGGUGACUUCAGUAAAACGGGCUUGGUGGAUGAUAUUGUGGGGCUGUCACCGUCAGAAGUGCUGACCAUCCAGAACUGGCUGUCAUUCUACAAUAAGAAUUAUGUGGCUGUCGGCAAAGUUGCAGGGAGAUUUUAUGAUGAAAAUGGGAACCCCACAACUCUUCUACAGCAAGCCCAAGCACUGAUUGAUGAAGGGCAGAGGCUGCAGGCCCGAGAGGAGGAGAAAAAGCAACGCUUCCCACCUUGUAACGCUGAAUGGCGCUCAGCUUCUGGAAGCAGAGUCUGGUGUUCCAAGGAAAGUGGUGGAAUCAGCAGAGAUUGGGCUGGCGUCCCCAGGAAGAUGUAUGAGGCAGGCUCACGGGGCAGCCACUGCGUGUGCGUGAAAACAGAAGGGGACCCUUCUGAGCCAUCCUCUUCCUUCCAGCCCAGCAACAGAGGCGACUUGGACAACCCCAAGCUGCAAGAAUACGAAGGCUGCCACCCACUGGCCAACUGGUGUGCUUUGAAAGACUAAGGCAGCAUUUAAAUGCCAAAAGCAACUCAAACGAAGCCAAGAUCUGCACACAGAGCUUGUUAGUCACUUCACUUAUCCUCCUCAUCUGCUUUGAAGCAAAUGCUGCUUCCCUAUGAUGUGUGAAUGCAGGCGGGCCAGGUGGAUUGGAGUUCUGUUCCCCACAUUCUGGGAUUAAGAAGGGAAGCCAUGUGCUGUUUUGAACUGACAGUAGGCCUUUUGAAAAUAUAUUGGCAUGAGUCACUA